CCCCGUCGGCGUGUCUGCCGUUGACUGCAAAAUGCACGGACUCGCGGUGUGCAAUUUCUGGCUCUCGGUCAUUAAAUGUAUUUUUUUGAAAGUGAACUAGAACUCGCACUGGGCUGGCGUCUUUUUCUUGGAAAGAUGUCCCGUGUCGACGCCAAAAAGCUUUCCUUGUGUACGAGGGAACCCUUAAGUCAGGAGACGGUCGGCCACUCCCUGGCGGCGUUCAGCCACAUAGUGAGGUCCUGCUACGGCCCUACCGGGCGGCUGAAACACCUCCACAACGGCCUGGGCGGCUACGUCCGCACCACGUCCCACUCCUCGGCCUUGCUGGGUUCCCUUUGCGUCGCCCACCCCGUGUUGAAGCUCCUGACAGCCGCCGUGCAGAACCACGUCUCUCGCUUUGGAGACGGCGGGUUGUUCACGGCUGCUCUGUGCUGCAGCCUGCUGGGGAAAUUGAGAGACCUCAACAUGCCGUCUUGCACAGGGGUCGCCAUAUGCCGGCGCCUUUCAAGCCAGUGCGUCGACUACCUCGCUUCCGAAGCGUGCGGCUGUAAGAUGCCGGUGGACUUUAGCCGUUCUAAGAUUCUCCUCGAUCUGGUCCGUAGCGUAUUAACCAGCAAGUGCGGGUGCAUGCUGAGCAGGGAGGAAGCCGGUCACGUCGGUACGUUGGUCUUGAAGGCCUUUCUGCUCACGGUUCCGCAGAAUGCUGCAACGGGUGUCACUGGAUUCGGGAGAUGUUUCUAUGUAUCCAUGAAAGAUAAGAGAGUUCUGGAUUCCAGUGUCUGUUCCGGGCUCCUGAUUGAAACACCCGAAUUCCACCUGACAAGAAUGCUUCCUGGCGGAAGGACGACUUCGAGCCCCAUCAGAACGGCCCUCUUCUCCGUGUCUCUGUCCGGAGACGUUUGUGAGACUGGUGAAGGAGCCGUCAUCGUCCACCGCGGGGUUUCCCUAGAAGCAGCAGUCCUGGAUCAGCUGCUUAGAUUGGGCCAGCGGAUGGUCAAGGAUGGGGUGGGCCUGGUGAUUUGCCAGAAGGUCAUCCACCCGGCCUUGAAACAGUACUUGAAGGAAAACCAAGUGGUUGCCGUGGAAAGAGUUGGUGUAGCCAUGAUGGAGUCCCUGAAGGAAAUGACAGGAUCCCAGGCAAUUGCGUCUCUACAGCUCCUCUCCCCUGCUCCCUACGGCAGCCUGAAGGACUUGCGGACUCAGCAUUUCGCUCCCAAGUGGUUCUUGCAUCUGAUUCCCGAAGACUCGGCCAUCUGCAGUCUGGUGCUUUGUAACAGGAAUGAGACUGCGUGGGAGGAACUAAAGCUUGCCUGUCAAACAGCAGAGCGUGUUUUGCAACUAACAGUCAAGGAUCCCUGGGUCUUAUUGGGAGGCGGCUGCACGGAGACUCACCUGUCCUCGUACCUACGGCACCAG